AUGCAUCGAUUGCGUCAUGUAGAUAAACAGAACGAAUUGCUGAGGUAUGCAUCAGCGACUUUGGGGAGUGGGAAUCUGCGUGAAGCUGUAAAAUUGCCACAGGGUGAAGAUCCUAACGAAUGGAUCGCUGUAAAUGUUCUGGACUUUUUCAACCAAGUGAGUAUGUUGUUUGGGACAAUAAGUGAUCACUGUACGAAGGAAUCUUGCCCUAGGAUGUUUGCGGGUUCGAGAUAUGAGUACGUUUGGUCGGAUGGGAGAAAAACAGUUGCAUGUCCAGCACCUAUGUAUAUCGAUUAUUUGAUGACUUGGGUGCACGAGCAACUAGAUGACGAGACUAUCUUCCCGUCUCAGAUUGGACAGCCUUUCCCGCCAAACUUCUUGCAUAUCGCACAAGCGGUUGUGAAACGUCUAUUUCGAGUUUAUGCUCAUGUGUAUCACCAACAUCUCGAACUUAUUGAACAACUUAAUGCAAUAGAGCAUUUAAAUACCAGCUUCAAACACUUCAUGCUUUUUGUACAAGAAUUUGACUUGAUUGAUUCAGAGCAGCUAACACCUCUGCAAAGUUUCAUUGACCGACUUAUUCUGGAAGAGAAUCCAACAAUACUGUGA